UGUCUUCUCUUGUCUUCAAGUACAACAACUAUCUUCCAGCUGUGAAGUCGUUAUAGACAGGGCAUAGCGAUGGGUAACUCCUCAGACCUCGAGCGCGCCUCGAGCGCAAACUCGCCCAUCGCCGACGAGAAGAUGGCGAAGACACCCCCCGGUGAUUCACACGCCGCCUAUCUCAACCCUUCGAUAAUGGAGGAAGACUAUGAGGGUAAACCGACAGAAGAGGAAUUAAGAACUCUUCGUCGAAUUCCCGGAAAGCUACCCUUCGUCGCAUACCUCAUCUGUGUUGUUGAGUUUUGUGAACGUGCCUCCUUCUAUGGUAUCCAACCCUUAAUCAGCAACUAUGUCAACCGACCGUUACCUGAGGGUGGAAAUGGUUACGGAGCGCCCCCGCAAGGCACUCAGCAGACCGCCGGUGCUUUGGGCUUGGGAACUGUCACAGCCAACGCCGUGACGCAGUCAUUCAGUUUACUGGCCUAUGCGCUACCCAUGCUUUUCGGAUGGCUUGCUGAUGUCAAGACUGGUCGCUUCCAGCUCAUCUGCUGGGGUGUCUUCGUCUUCGGUGUUGCCCACGUUUUGAUGAUUGCUGCGGGCGCUAAGGACCUAUUGGCUGCUGGCACGGCAAAGGUUCCCUAUUUCCUAUCAGUGUACAUUCUUUCAGUUGGUGCUGCUAUGUUCAAGCCUAAUGUUUCCCCCCUCCUACUCGACCAAAUGACAACGACCGUCCCCAAGGUCAUUACGCUAGAGAGCGGCGAGCGCGUCAUUCAGGACCCCGAGUCCACCACGGAACGUGUCAUGCUUUGGUUCUACCUCUUGAUCAACAUUGGUGGUUUCAUGGGAGUUGCUACCUCAUACUCGGAGAAAUAUGUCGGCUGGUGGUUGGCAUUCCUCAUUCCCCUUCUACUCUACCUUCCUCUCCCCCUCCUACUCUGGUUCCUCUACAAGCGUCUUAUCCUCCACCCCCCUGGUGGAAGUGAUCUCGGCAACGUCUUCCGCGUCCUCGGUGUUUGCUUACGACGCGGCGGUAUCACGAGAAUCGGUCGUCAUGGCUUUUGGGACCUAGCUAAGCCCUCGCACAUCGCAGCUUCUGGCCUUAACAUCAAGACCUCAUGGAACGAUGACUUCGUUGAUGACGUUCGCCGAACUUUCCAGGCCACUGGUAUCUUUUGCUUCUUCCCGAUUCAGUACAUUAACGACAAUGGUCUUGGUUCUGCUGCCAGUUUCUUGUCGACAAUGUUAAGCACUAACGGUGUCCCUAACGACGUCAUCGGCAACUUCAACUCGCUCAGUAUCAUCGCUAUGGCCCCUGUUCUGAACUAUGGCUUAUACCCGCUUUUGCGAAGGAUGAACAUCCACUACGGCCCCGUUGCCCGUAUCACUACCGGUCUUGCCAUGUCCUCGAUCGGUGGUGCUGGUUACGCCGUUUUGAAUUACUACGCCUACAAGGAGUCGCCUUGUGGUGUAUACGGUUCUUCUAACUGUGAGGACGGUCUAGGCGUAGCUCCGAUCAGCAUUUGGUGGAUGGCUAUUCCCUAUGCCAUUGGUGGUAUUUCGGAACUGUUCAUCAACGUACCUGCCUACGGUAUCGCCUACUCGCGUGCUCCCGUCAACAUGAGAGGUCUCGUUUCCGCCAUCAACCUGUUCACCACUGCCGUCGCCUACGCCAUCGGUUUGGCCUGCUCCUCCGUCGUCACUGACCCUUACCUAACCUGGGACUUCGGCGGACCGGCCAUCGCUGGUGGUGUCCUGACCAUCAUCUUCUACCUUACAUUCCGACACAUCGACCAAGAAGAAUUCACUCUCAGCCAGAACAAGGACUACCACCUUGAGCUCGAGGGAACCGUUAACGUCGUUGGCGAGAAUGAGUUAAACAAGUCCGUCAACCGUCCGGCGCCCAUCGCUGAGAACGAAGAGAUGAUGAUCUCGCAGAAGCAAUAGUUGUUUCUCUGCUCUUGGUUUUCUGGCGUUGUACGUGUACAUGUGUUUAUGAGUCGUCCGAAGUUUGUUGUUCGGCGGGAAUGGAAAAGGGAUUGUUGCAUAUAAGCUAUUUUUUGAGAUACAUAUACCAAGCGUGCGAGGUGGUGUAAUGGGCCCCGCUCCGAUAGAACAUAGCUACAGUCAUUAGUACUGUAGAGUUCAUAAUACAUUUUGAUACCUUCAUUAUA